AUGUCAUUCAACAACCAAGGAUCUGGAUGGGACGAGGACUACUACGUAUCGGAUAGCGACUCAGGAUUUGCACCGUCCGUAGAUGUCGUGGGCGGGUAUGUGAUGGAAUGGGAAGAGACUCCCCCAUACCCAGAAAGUUGUGAGUAUGAAGAAGAGGAUGAAGAGGAAUUCAAGAUCAGCCCAAGGUUGAUGCAAUACUACGAAGACUGCAGAUGGGUCAGAGAAUGUCACGCCAUCGAAUACCUUGAUGCAGAAGACGAAAUAAACAAGAAGGCUGAGCAGUAUAGAAGAGAACUGCGCGCAAAUGAACUGAGGUAAGAAUUUACAUUUUGAAAUCUUUUAAUUUACGUUAGGUUGUGAUCUUUGUUAUUUGAAACUUAUUUUUUCGUUAUAGCCAAGCUAAAAAGUGUGCCGGAACGUCAAAGGCCACAGCGUUCCGCUGGCUGUUUAAAGCCUUGAAAGCUGGCAUAGAGCACCAUCUCAACACCGAUGGGCUUCGUCAAACAGGUCCGGAUGGAGCACUUCUUGACUACACAGUGCUCCAACCGACCAACUACGGGAUACGAAGGGCCUGCAGAGCCAUUCGUAAAUUGUCCAUGGAAAAUGGCCCAACGUUUAAAGCACUAAACAAAAUAAUGUUAGUGUUUUCUGAAAAGUAAGCCUUAAAACCUCUUUUUUUUGUAUUUUCAAGUACUAGUUAGAAAAUAAUAACAAAAACUUAUUUAGGAAACAACUAACAGAUGCCAGAAAAGAAGCAAACGAAGAACUGCUAGAGCUGCUCCAAAAACAGCUGAGUGCCAAGUUCCGUGGAUGGUCAUUGACCCCAUAUGGGGGGUCACAUAAUGGAUUCGGCGAACAAGGUUCGGAUAUGGACAUAUCGCUGCACAAAAUAAAGCAGUAAGUUAACAAAACAAUAACGAUACAAAAAAAUUUUAUAAUUAGCAAGUUAAACAUAUAAUUUAUGUAUUUUAGAUUUAAGAAGGAGACUACCGUAACAGAAGUGGCCAAGAUAUUCAACGCCAAGAAGAACCGAAUGAUCUCAAAAAUGAGAAAGCACCCAACUGUCCUGGAAAAAGCUAGAGUAAGUUGUUAAAAAAACAUAACUAAAUAAGUUUUUAAUUUUUAAAGGACAAGCGUAAUUUUAAAUUAUUUUCAGGUCCCGCUUGUGAAGAUGGUGUUCGAUAGGAACGGCACGGAAAUGGAAGUCGACCUUUCAAUUGGCAACGAACUGGGCGCGAAGAAUACAAAAUAUCUCAAAUUGUAUUCCUUGUAAGUUUUUAGAAUGAAGUACCGUUAGUUUUUUAAACUUAAAAGCCUUAUUUUCAUAAAAGACGUUGUUUUAACACAUUAUUCUAGGUUUGACCCACGUGUUGUACAGUUAAACACGAUCAUCAAACACUGGGCAAAACAUCAUGGGUUGCACGGUGGAAAAGAUAGAUGUUUCAACACGUACAGCAUCGUGAUCCUGGUAAUAAAUUACCUUCAAAAGGGAGUACGACCAGCCAUGUUGCCACACAUAGCGCCUGAUGUGGCAGAAACGCUAUCAACAGAACAAGAAAUGGAGAAGUAUGUAAAAAAUUUGAAAUUUGGUAAGUCUUUCAACAUUAGAAAUCUACAGCAUUUAAACAAAUUUUACUAAAGGUUAGGUAUAAAUACAUCACGUUUAAAUUUAUUCUGCUUCAGAUCCAAAAAAGCAGAAGAUGACAUUGGCCGAACUCGUAGUUGGCUUCAUGACGUUCUACGCCGUAUUCGACAGCUACGAGUGGCAAGUCGACAUCAGAACACUGGACAUACCAAGCCGGUACAACAUGACCAAGAACGAGUUUGACGGACACGCGGCGCUAAACAUUCUGUGCCCAGUCGGUGGUCAAGACCCGACCAGAAAUGUGAGCGUUUACUGCCACAAGGAAUUCAAGAAGGCAAUAGACGAGUUCAACGAGCUUGUGUGGAUAAAAAUGGCAAAAGAUGGAAAAAUGGACCAUCCAGAAGUCAUAAAAACUUUAGGUAUUAAUUAG